AGUGAAGUACAUAAAGGAGAAAGCUACACGCUCUCUGACAGGGAUCCAUUUUACAUAUUGGAUUGCAAAGUAAUUUGUGUUAUUGUAUCAUUAUCCAAUUUAUCGAAAAUAUCGAUAUUAAAGCAAAUUUGCGAUAACACAAAACCGAUCCUUCGAAGCGUUCAACGUUUGCAAUAUCACAGGCAAUCGUUGCAGAACGAUACAUCCCACAAGUGAGGCAUAAAAGUCACGCAGCAAAAAUUGCUCUGCGACCGAGAAGGCGAAGACUUCCACGGAAGACACCUGUGCAAAAGCAACCAUUUAUGGACUUGCCAAGAAAUUUGCAUGAUUGCUAUUUCUUCUAUUACUCAACAUGUAAAAAAGGAUCAAACUGCGAAUAUCGCCAUGAACCCGCGGCCCUCGGCCACGAGGAAACUUGCAAGCUGUGGGCAGAAGGUAAAUGCUACAAUCGCACUUGCACGAUGCGCCACAUGAAGAUCGAAAAGCCUCGUUCGGCAACACCGUGCUUUUGGGAGGAUCAACCUGGAGGAUGCCGCAAGCCUCACUGUGUGUUUCAGCAUAAGGUACCGAAGCCUAGUGGCGCUUCCCAUCCGGCUACGACGAGCAGCAUGAUACCCCAGGUACCACAAGCUGCUACUGGGGCUACUGCCACUACCGCUGCUGCGACCCAUUUGCUUCAUACACCUUCUCCAGCUGUCGUUUUGGACUACAAUUAUGCAGCUCUGCUUCCUCGCAUUAUCUAAAACAAAAAUAGACGUUUUCUGAAACAAACAACAGGAUCCGGAGUUCAGUAUACUCUGUUCAUACGGCAACUUCAACUUCCAAAAGUUGUCGGAGGAAAGGUUAGAGAAUACGAUCCCGUUGUGUCAGGUAUUUCUUUUCCUUAAAAGCUACACACUUUCCUGGUCCCUUAAUUUAUCACCGUUAUUCGCACUAUCACUAUUAUUCUUGUGUUCGCUCUAUUGCUAUUUAUUUUAUAAACAAAUGAAAAGUGUUAGAUAUUGAUGACCACGGUAUUCUGCCACUGUUAGAAGCUCUUGUUAGAUAUUAAAACGUGUAAACGCAUUGCUUCUAUCUCUCCAUCAGUGCAAUAGAAUUUACUAUUCUGCGAAAAGUAGCAAUAGUGAAUAACAGAAGUGGUGAUGAUCCCGUGUAUUUGGAUUCAAUUCUCGUGGUAAUUUUCAUUGUUCUUUUCAACUGAUCAUUCAUUCUUUCAUUUAUUGUUUAUUCUACAUAAUCAAAUGUUUGAGUUUUUCAAUACAAUAAAACAUAUAAUGUUAUUAUGUUCACUUUUAUCCCUAUUUAUGGUCUACAGGAAUAGAAUGUGGAUAUGUUUUUGUAUUUCUUCUGAUUUUGGGACGUGUUAUCAAUUUAUUCUUAUUAUCUACAAUAUACAGAAACCCUAAAUUAUUGAGAAUUGAUCUGUUUGGCUGUAAAUGUUCUCAAGUAGAUUAUUCAAAGGCACGCAAUCCAGAAACUCUAAAAACUAGAAGAACGAAUUUUAACAACCUAACAUUAAUUGGAACGGUUUAGUUAAGCAAAAAACCAAGCAUCCGUUAGUUUGUAUAAUCUUUCAGAACAUAACAUCCUAAUGCGGAAAAGUAAAACCGAUUGUCGUGUUUCAAUUUCUUAGAUGCAACGGUUCCUCAAGAAUCAUAAUGAGCCACAGCAAAAUACGGUGUGCAGAUCGAACAUGCGACGUCUGGAAUCGUUUUGAAUAUUCACACAGCGUAUGCAUAAACCGAGUAUCGGUCAUAAGCCGUAUCCAUAUUCUCUAUAUAAAAAUGUAGCAAAAGUGGAAAUAAAUGUAGUACCAGUUAUCUAGCUGUUCUAAAGCUUUCUAAUAGUAUUUAUUUUUUUCGUCAUAUUUUGCAUCAACUAGAACAUCAACAAAAAUGAGUAGAGUAAACUAAUGUAUACAAUAAUAUGGAAUAAUGAUUCUUUGUGAACCGUUCGUUAACUCUUCUAAACUAGCUUUGAGUGAAUUACUUAGAUGAAGUGUAGCUAUAUUACAUGAAAAAAAAAACAUUGAAGAAAAUAUGAAUUAGAAAUUGACGAUGGCUCGAAGCUAACAUGUAACGUAAAACAAUUUUGAGUAUUUUCAUGGAAAUCAAGUUAUCAUAAAAACAACACAUACAAAUAUGUUCGAUUGACAGCAAAAAAAAAUGUAUAAUAUUCCUGAACAAUUAUACUACACAUUAAAGUAAUGAGAAAGUGAACAGGAUGGAGCCGCAAUAACCACAAAAUGUUAGCUAAAACGAAUAAAAUGAGAGUAAAAAAAUUCAAAACAUCCGAGAAAUAGAAGAUUUGCUAUACAAAAUUAUUAAUUACAAUACCACCCCUAUAACUGCAAACAGUUUGGAAGUGUAAGUCUAAAAUUAUCAAUAAAGCAACAGAAAACAACCCAGA